UGCCGCUUUAAGGCGGUGCCGGCGCUCCGGGCUCGGCAGGCACCGGGAAGAGGAACUGGGCUUUGCACUGCCGGGUCGGGGCGAGCUCCGCCGUCCCCGCUGCCCUCCCGCCGCCGCUCCGCGCUCGCUGCCGGGCAGCGAUGGGGAGGACGCGCCGGGGGCCAGGACGGGUUCCUGCAUCCCCCCCUCCGCUCCCCAUUGCACCCCCCGGCCGCUCCUUCCUCCUGCUGCAAAGGGAUGCGCUCGGCAGGGCUGCCCGCUGCCUCGGGGCGUGCUUGAAAUAGAGGCACCCCUCUUUGCUUGGAGAGCACCCCCAACCCUGCUCUGAGCCCCCUAUCCCCUGCCCCGAGCCCCCCAUCUGCUUCCUGGGGGCUCCAUCGCCUGCUCCGAGCUCCAUCCCCUUCCUCAAGCUCCCCAGUCCCUUUCUCAACCCCCUGUCCCUUCGCUGAGACUCCUUCUCCUGCUCCAAGCCCCAUCUCCUUCCUCGAUCUCCCCAGUCUCUUUCUCAAGCUCCUUUCCCCUUCCCUGAGCCCUCUUCCUCUGCUCCAAGCUCCAUCCCCUUCCUCAGUCUCCCCAGUCCCUUCCUCAAGCCCCUUUGCCCUUCCCUGAGCCUCCUUCCCCUGCUCUAAGGUUCCAUUCCCUGCUCCAACCCCCUAUCCCCUUCCUCGAGCCCCCUUCCCUGAGCCCCCUACUCUGAGCCCCCAUCCCCUUGUUCAAGUCCCCCAUCCCUUUCCUUGAGUCCCCAUUCCCUGCCCCAAACCCCCAUCUCCUGCCCUGACCCUGCUUCCCUGAGCCCCCUGCCCCAAAUCCCCCAGAUCCCCCAUCCCAAACCCCUCUCCAGGAUGAUUUUGCUGAGCUGUUUCCUGCACCUGCGGCCCCGGCGGGGCUGUGGUGCCCUGGCCGGGCUGGGCCGGGGGCUGGGCCCCUCAGCCGGGUCCCGCCGGGCCCUGCGGGUGCUGGUGGACAUGGACGGGGUGCUGGCCGACUUCGAGGGAGGCUUCCUGAAGAAAUUCAGGGCCAGGUACCCCGACAAGCCCUACAUUGCCCUGGAGGACCGGAGGGGCUUCUGGGUGUCGGAGCAGUACGGGCGCCUGGGACCCGAGCUGAGCGAGAAAGCCAUCAGCAUCUGGGAAUCCAAGAACUUCUUCAUCGAGCUGGACCCUCUCCCUGGGGCUGUGGAAGCUGUGAAGCAAAUGGCAAAUUUGGCAGACACUGAUGUGUUCAUCUGCACCAGCCCAAUCAAGAAGUACCGGUACUGCCCUUAUGAGAAGUAUGCCUGGGUGGAGAAGCACUUUGGCCCUGAAUUUCUUGAGCAGAUUGUUUUGACACGAGAUAAGACAGUGGUUUCUGCUGAUCUGCUUAUAGACGACAGACCUGAUAUAACAGGGGCAGAGCAGAACCCCAGCUGGGAGCACGUGCUCUUCACUGCCUGCCACAACAAGCACCUGCAGCUGAAGCCCCCCAGCCGCCGGCUGCACUCCUGGGCUGAUGACUGGAAGGCCAUUCUGGACAGCAAACGCCUCCCACCCGGCCAGGCCACCUAAACACCAGCCCCCAGGGCCACCUGGGGCUGCAGCCACCUGCCUGUGUCCCUGUGGAGCCCUGCUGAGGGCCACAGCCACAGGACAGACAGACAGACGCUGUCCCUGCUGCACAGAGGAAGAGGAGGGUGAGCUGAAGCACCACAGUCACCUGGACUUGAAAAACAGACCCCAGCCCAGCCCAGGCAUUGCCCUCUGGCUCCUGGGGUGUCUGUGGUGCAUCUGCACCCCACAGGGCCAGCCUGGUGCUCCUGAUGGACAAGGUCACCCUCAGCGUGUCACUGCCCUUGCUUGGGCACUGCAUGGCACAGAGCAGCUCUGCAUCCUCCCCUCCACAGCGUGGUCAGGGAUCAUGUGUGUGAUUUGCUUAGUUCUUGCCAGGUUUCAUCCCAAGGGGCUGCCUCAGGAGAUCUCUGCCCCUGACAGUGCCUGGGUCUGGGGAGAGGGGUGGCUGCAAGGGCAGGGAGAGCAGACAGGGGCUGUCCAGGCUCCCUGCACUGGGAAUUGUCACAGCACAUCCCUGGAUGCUGUCUGCAGUUCUCACAUACUGCAAGGGAAGAUGUUGGGGGGAUGUUGCUGUUAAAGGCUGGGGAGCUGUGCAGGUUUCAGCCAGGGUAGAGUUCAUUUUCUUCACAGAAAAUAGAGCCCCAUACGAGCUGCUGUGAAAAAAAUUAACUCUACCCUGACCAAAAGCAGCAUGGGAGCCCAUGAGGGGUGCCCAGGGUGGUUUGUUCUGCAGCUCCACCAUGAUCCCAGCUCUGUCUGGGGACAGAGGAUGCUGCCAGCCCCACUCCCCUGGCUCUGGGCCCCUGCAGGGAAGUGUUCAGUGCCUGGCUGGUGCAAAGGGGUCACAGCUGGACCAGCCCCCUCUGCCAGGGGACAGUGCAGGGGCUGCUGAGCUCUGGGAGCACCCAGCUCUGCUGGGAAGGUGCAAUUGGCCCCCCAAAAGGGAAGUUUAGACCAAGGGGCAGCUCCAAGUGGGAUGGUUUUGGCAUAGCUGUGCCCACAGCCUCUUCCUCCCUUGUUUGUCUCGUUUUUGCUUCUCUGAGCCUGCAGCAGUCCAGCCUUGAACUUCAGUGACCUGUCUGGCAGGAGAAAGCUGCUGCUGCUGCUGCUGCUGCUGGCCCCAGAGAGACAUCCCAGCUGCUGGGAGAGCCUGGCAUCCCCUCCUGCCUGUGGCACUGCCACAGGGCAGCCACAGCCUGCCUGUCCCCAGUGGGAGCUGCUGCUGGGCCCCCCAGGCAGAGCCCCAGGGAUGAGCUGGGGGUGUCACUGCUGACACCACAGAGGCCCUUGGCCCCCUCUGCUGUGUGUCCCCACGCUGUCCAGGACCCCACUGCCCUCCUGGCCCAAGGACUUGCUGGCUGCAGCAGUGAAAUUCCCCCCAUGGACACUGAACACCCCAGGCAGAGGUGGUGGCCAGGGCUUGGCUGGGAUUUCACCCUGCACCCCGUGCUCACACCUUUGCUUUGCCCCUCUGCUCUCCUGUGGACCCCAAUCAAUGAAAGGACAUGAACUUGAAGCUACAUAAUCAACAAAUAAUGUAAUUCAGCAGUGGCAGCCAGGCCCCUCCUGUGCCAGGAGCUGGAGGGGUUCUGGAGUUGGUGCUUUGGAACCUGUGCCUUCCCUGGGUGCUGCAGGGCCAGGGAUGGGGCCUGUGUUGACCUGGGGCUUGCCCUGUUUACAAAGUCAGCAUGGUUGGCCCAGGGCAGUAGGACUUACAUACCACAAGCAUCUUUUUAUCUUUUCUCUUUUUUUUUUUUCACUUUUCUUUAUUGUUUAAACCACUGUGUGCUUCUCUGGGUGGUGGGUUUGGUUUGGAGGGGUUUAUUUAGGAUGUGCAGCCCCCUGGCCAAGAGCUGGCUGGGGGUUUGCAGGCUGGGAACUGGGACAGUGUGGGAGCACCAUGGGCGGCUGCUGCAGCUGCUGAACAUCAGGAACCCCCUGCCUCCACCAGCCCUCCACCAGCUGUUGGCCCCUCUGUGCAGCCAAGGUGACCUCAUGGGGUCCAAGCUGGGUUUUUUCUGAUGGUACCAUGUAAAUAUGAGCUGCCCAAACUCCCCAGAGCCUUUUCCCUGCUUAUUGAGCCAAAAUGAGCUGGCACAUCUCUCCAGCAGCUGCCCAAACCUCUCACCUUCCCCCGAGGGCUGUGGCUCUCUGGGGCCAGCAGGACUUUUCCCCGUGAGAUGUGAUGCCAGAGAUAAAUACACCACACCAAAUAUACUUGAAAGCAGAGCUGGAGUUCCUCGUGCCUGAGGCUCCAGCUCCAUGCACAGAGAUCCUGAGCUGGUGGCUGCUCUGAUUGCUCCCACACUCGGGACCUGGAGGUGACUCCAUCACUGAUGGAUCGGCCCGUUCGUCCUUCAAGCCUGUCUGUGUCCAGCUGACAUACACAGAGCUUUUCUUUUUGAAUGUACAUCUGUAAACCUGAGGCAAAUGAGGAGCACUGCAAUAAACACUGGGUUGUUUGGCAUCCAGCUGCCUGGAAAUGGA